AGGAGACUUCGGCCGGGGCUUGGCUUGAGAUCGGUGAACGAUCUGCAGGACAGCACCAAACUGUUGAAUGCGCUGACUGUCACAACUGGUCAACUUACCAUAGGCUUCACCAGCCCAUCACUGGAGACAGUGACACUUCGGAGGAAGCAACUCGGUGAGUCCUGGGGUAUCAGAGUGGUACCCUCCCAACAGGCAGGGCUCUAUGUGCAAUACUGCGAGGGGAUUGCAGACCAGUGUGGCCUGCAGGCAGGAGUGCACAUUUGCAGCGUCAAUGGCCUAAUGGAUACGGAGAAACAAAUGGAGGAGCUGGAGGGUGCGAUGACGUUAACUCUGCGAGUUGCAUCCUUUAUUGAACCGGUCUUGCGAGUUGUGACCUUCGUCUGACCGUUUCGCUGGCCGGGAUGGCGCGCCGCGUCCGUCAGAUAAUGCGCUUCAAGUGGGCGGCCCGAAUGGGCACCCCAGUCUGCCCUGUUUCUGCAGAGUUUCAUAGUUUUGGAAAACUUAGCAGUGCAGUGCCUUUGAUUUUUGGGGCAUCAGCCAAUGGAGGUAUCGCUUUCAGAGUUUUUCUUUUCCAUUUGGUUGACCAAGGAUGGUACCACCUGCAUGGCUGUGUGCCCCUGAGUUUCACCGAAGUACACUAAGGCAGGUUACUCUGCCCCUCGUAGAAAUGCCAGUACCCAGCGAGAUCCGGCG